AUGAGUAGCUGUGACAAGGUUUCAAGCUCUACGAAGCCUGACACAGAGUCGCGCGUGCGCCAGGUCGAUGUCGUUAGAGUUCCUAAGCCACCAAGCCAAGGAAAGUCAAGGUCAACUCCGAAACAGCUGAGGCAAACUACGAUCAGUCUCAAAGCCGACCGUCUUGCUGUUCACAAGUACCCCACUGAACUUGCCGUGACUUUGGAUCAGUUCCUGAUUUGGGCCAGAAACACCUCAAAUCUGAUGCGCGUGAUGGAGAUGCUGUCGAAGUAUCCUGUUCAGCUGGAGAAUGCCUAUCUAAGAGCUCGGAAGAUUGAUUGUCAUUGGGAAAUUGUACGACUUGCGGACUACAUGCACACAUUUGUAAUUCCACAAGACCUCGCCCUAUCAAUGCAGGCAGCAACGACUACUACCCGGAAGGAGAAACAGCCAAUUGUACUGGAUGAAAUUAUCUCAAAGUUUACUUCAAGUCGGCUACGCACUGAAUUUGUGACGCUCUCCAACAAAGUCCUGAUCAGCUUUGACAACAUCGUGGGAGGGAUCUGUCGUGGAUGGCUAAAUGAUAGCCCUGUGGACUUUUGCUUGGAGACCCUUGCGAGAUCGGUGGGGAAGUGCCAUUGCUGUCAUCACUGA